AUCUUGAUUACCGUGAAUACUCGCGCGCAAUUUAAUCUGAAGAAAAGGAUUGCGCGUGAUCUCUAUGUACGCGAACACGUCGCGCGAAUUCUUUAAGCAGUCUAUCAAAGUCCGUCGACUGGCUAAGAACUCGCGUAAGGAAUUCUCGAAAAAAAGAAACCAAACAGUGGACAAUAUCGCAUGCGAAUAAUAAUCAAUCGCACGUCUCGAACGAGUCAGCAUGGACCAUACGAAGAAUCACGUCAUUAAUAAGAGCGAAACAUCCGGUACAUUCAAGUUGUCCGUUGUGUCGGCUAACGGAAACGAAGUCGAAAAUAGAAUUUCGGUGUCGAUCAAGGAGAAUAAAGAAAAGGAGAGAGCACAAUGGGGGAGUGGGAUAGAAUUUCUCAUGUCCUGCGUGGCGUUCUCUGUCGGUCUCGGGAACGUCUGGCGAUUUCCGUAUACAGCUUACCAGAACGGAGGUGGUGCUUUUCUCAUCCCCUACGUAGUGGUGCUGUUCAUCAUCGGCAAGCCCUUUUAUUAUAUGGAGAUGAUCCUCGGACAAUUCACCAGCAGAUCCUGCGUCCAGAUCUGGUCCGUGUCACCUGCGUUCCAAGGUAUCGGUUACGGCGUGGCGGUGUCAGUGUUUUCCGUGAUCACUUAUUAUUGCGCCCUAAUGGCCCUGACGCUUUAUUAUCUGGUCGCGAGUUGUCAGUCGGAACUUCCAUGGGCUCAUUGUUGGGAAGAAUGGGGUGACGCGUGUUUCUCCAGCUCGUCGGCCGGCGGGCAUGUGAAAAACGGAAGCAGAAGUUCCGCAGAUUGGUAUUUUAGAAAAUUUGUCCUUAAUGAAAUGGGAAUUGAGAAUGGACUCGGGUUACCUUCGUGGCAGUUGGUCUUGGCGUUGCUGGUGAGCUGGAUAUUCGUCUACGUGGUAAUCUGUAAGGGUGUGAAGAGCACCGGCAAAGCAGCCUAUUUCCUAGCGAUCUUCCCGUACGUUAUUAUGAUCAGUCUUCUAAUCAGAGCGGUAACAUUGGACGGCGCAGUGGACGGCAUCAUCUUCCUCUUCAAUCCUGUAUGGCACAAGAUCCUGGAGCCGGCGGUUUGGUACGCCGCCGUCACGCAAUCGUUUUUCUCCCUCGGCGUGUGCUUCGGCGCGGUGACCAUGUAUUCGUCUUACAAUAAUUUCGAUCACAAUGUAUCUAGGGACUGUACGAUAGUGACGACUUUGGAUCUCUGCACUAGCUUGAUGGCGGGCACGACGAUCUUCGGGAUCCUGGGCAAUCUCGCUCAUGAAAUUGGCAGUGACGAUAUUAGCACCGUUGUUCGUGCCGGAACUGGUCUAGCUUUCGUCUCUUAUCCGGAAGCUCUGGCGCGGUUUCAAGUGGUGCCGCAGCUUUUCGCCGCCCUGUUCUUUCUGAUGCUGUUCAUACUGGGUAUAGGGACCACCGUUGCUUUUUGCAAUGUGAUCAUUAGCAUUAUCAAGGACCAAUUUCCGCAGCUCAAGCAAUGGAAAAUUGCUGGUGUUCUUUCGAUCCUCGGGUUUUCCGUUGGCGUUGUAUACUGCACGCCCGGUGGUCAGUACAUUCUCAACCUGGUGGACUAUUUUGGUGGAACUUUCAUUAUUGUGUUUCUAGCUUGUUUCGAAGUGAUUGGCAUUUCCUGGAUAUACGGUGUUGACAAUUUUCUGGACGACAUCGAGUUUAUGGUAGGACGACGGCCGUUCUUUUAUUGGAGAUUUUGUUGGUGUUACUUGACUCCUAUAUUUCUGUUCACCAUUUUAAUUUAUUUCCUUAUCGAUAUAACGCCGCUUACGUACAACGAUGAAUACUAUCCAACAUCCGCAUAUGUUGCAGGCUGGAUAAUUUUGGUGUUAGGAAUUCUUCCGUUUCCUUUAGGCAUGCUCAUUCUUGGAGUUCGAAAUAGAGACAAGUCGUGCUUGAAUACGACUAAGCCGAGCGCCGAUUGGGGCCCAAAAGAUCCUCAAAAGUACAAGGAAUGGAAAGACUUCAAGCAAUCAAAGAGGAUAUCCCGAGCGUGUAUAAAAAAAUCGAAGAUUAUAGCAGCCCUGUUUGGUAAAAAUUGAUAUAAUGUAAUUAUUAUUAAAAAAUAUUAAAAUCA